GCCGCUAAAAAAAAGCAAGAUUCGACUGGUUCUUCCUGUUAUCAUGAUUCAAUUUUAAAAACAAGUCAUAUCAAUAUGGCAACAAACCUGAAAGAGAGCUAUGAUCUUCUUGGGCUUCCAGUGGAUGCUACCGACGAGGAAGUGCGAAAAGCGUACAUGAAGAAGGCGAAAGAAUGCCAUCCCGACAAGAAUCCCCAGGAUCCACAAGCUACAGAGAAAUUUCAGGCGCUAAGUGAAGGAUACGAGAGAAUUAAUUCAAGUUUGAGAACAGAGUCCGUCGAUGAGGAAUAUUUCAGCGGACAUAAUGACUUCUUCCACUUUGUAAUAUUUCGGGAAAUGAUGAGAAGAAGGAUGAGAGAGGAGAUGUUAAGGAGAAUGUUUGGAGGAAUUUUUGACGACGACAUUGGCCCCGAAGAAGCUCACUUCCCGUUUGGACCGUUUGGAGGGCCUUUCUUCAACCGUCCAAGGUCUCACGAAUCUUUCGAACGAUGGCAUCAUUCUCGGUUUCAGGAUGGAAGACCAUCCAGUGCACACGAGACUUCCACUAAAGCGUCAAAGAAGGGAAAACAGCGGAAAAAAAAUCCUCGUAACUCGUCGGCCUCAGGACCCAGCAGAGACACGCAUGAACGAGAAUAUUCAGGAAGACGUAAUUUUAGCAAUGAGGAAACAGCUUCAGAUCGUGGAGAAACCAUCGACAGCAAUUCUGCUGAAGAUUUCUGCGUUAGUAGCGAAAAAGAAACAAGUGACAACAAGCGAGAUAAACAACGAAAUGGGUCAAAGUCAAAGCAGAAAAAUAAAAACAAAGGACAAAUGACGGCGGCUGAAUGGCAAAAGGGACGAAAGAAAAAUCAUAGAAAGAAGAAGACGGCAAGGUUCUAAACCACUUCGCCGUCAAAUCCGAAAUUUUAGCCAUGGUUCUGUAAAAAGACAAUGGGAAACAUGACGAAAGAUGAUGCAAUUCUUACGCUUGGUCUAGUUAUCAGUUUCUGUCUCUGGCUGCGUAGCUUAAUGGCUCUGUCUAUCCCUGGGCCAGUCUGACAUUGGUGACAGAAUUCUAAACGGGUAUAGGAAGCCUUUUCCACCGUUUUUAUUUUUUGCUAGGUGCAGUCUCGGACAAAAAUAUUUGGGACACCUCACUUGUUUUUUAAGUGGUACUCUUGGAGCCACUUGGAUUAGUUUGGUAGUUUUUUCCCCCUAUCAGAUUCAAUGGUGAUACUCGCACAGAAUUCUAUACCAAUAUAAGAAUGACAUUUUUUAUGAUAGAACAAAUGCAACACGUUGUUUCACUGUCUUCCACGAGAAAAAGCGAGAUUGUCUCAAACAUUUUGUUGUAGACCGUUGGUUUUUAGAUACUCCAUUUCUCUUAACUAUUGCGAUAUCGUGGUUGACUGUUGAAGGGUAGAAGUCGUUCUUUCAGUUCGCGAGAAAUGUUGAUUCAAUUGUUUUCUUUGCAAUGCCUUAGCGACAUUUCAGCUAGACGACAAAGAUAAGCCGCAUCUCUCAGAAAUGAGGACCAACGACACCGCUUUUCUGCAAUAUAGAUUCCGCAUGCAGAAUAAUCAACUUUAUUAGCAAGCUUUAAAGAGCUCCUUCCGUACUUUGUUGAUAAGACGUUUACAAGUCGUAACAAGUAUUAUAAGGGAAAAUGCUUAGCUAAGUAACUGAUUAAGGUAGUUAAUUUCCAAGAAAUUACAACAAAUUCAAAUUAUUUUUACCAACAUCAUCUGCGGUGUUAAAACUGUUUGAAUCAUUGAUCAGUUCGUUAUUAUAAAAAAGGAAAUGUCUUUUGAUCCCAUCAAAAUAAACGUUUUCCGCAAAACCGUUGUAAUUCAUAAUUCCUAAUUUCGUUGAGAGACCGUUACUGUACAUGGUAAAUUGAGGAAUAUAAAUGAGAGGGUUGUUUAUCAUUUCAGAAUAAAAUAUGAACAGCAAUCCUUAA